UUACCCGGUGCCGCUGCGCACCUCUCCGCAUCUCUGGCCCGGUGCAGCUACGCACCUGCUCGGCCGCCCGCGCCCAGGGCGCCCUCCCUCCCUGGCCUUCCCCGCCCGCUGCCCUAGCUUUCUGGCCCUCUCCGCGCCUGUCUCUAACUGCGCCUCUCCACCCUUGCCUGCCUUUCUCCCGGUGCUCACCCUCACCUACGGUUCUGUCCAUUUGUUUCUAAGUUGGGAGCCUCUCCGGGCGGUGCAUUUUUAUCCUGGCGUGUCCCUUUUGGUUUGCAUUUCGGGAAAUGUCUUCUCUCACCCUUUCUCACCGCCCCCCCGCCAGACUUCCCUUGGACUCCCCUCUCUUCUGCUCUUCCCCACGACGCCCCUCUCCGUUCGCGCUUCCUCCCCUCAGCUGCACGGGGGAGGGAUGGAAGAAGUGGGGAUUUGUCGGGGCGCAGGGAGGAGGACAGGCCCAGCUGGUCUCCACUCCCCACCGGCUCCUAUCCUCUUCACUUCCCGCUGCAACCCCCAGGGACUGCAGGGCCUUUCUCAGGACCCUCUCCCCCGACACCUCUACUGCGUGCGCCUUUCGCGGGAAGAGGAAGGAGACACGUUUGGGAGAGAGUGGGACCUUGGGGAAGGGGCAGAGUUCAGGCAGCUGAGGUGUUAAGUUGGGGAGGGAUGGGGGCUCUGGAAGAGAGGCCCAGGCAACCCAUCCUCUUCGUGGCUCCCAGGAGAAAUGCAAGCCUGGCAGCCAUUCCGCUCUGAGGAGAUCUGGGGGAACCCCACUGGCUGGCCAAGCUGCAAAGAGGCGCGGGAACCACCGUCGUGCCCCUCCCCUCCUCACUGCAGUGUUCUCCCAUCUCAUCAUCUGAUCGUACCCCGCCCCCCACUGCAGUGACCUCCCCUUCCUCACUGCAUUGACCUUCUCCUCUUCCCAGGGGGGAGGGGGAAUCCCUUCUACAGCCCUAGACUGCAGCCAGCACCUCCCUACCCACCCCCAACCCCACUGCAGUAACCUCUUUCCCAUCCCUCCCAGCCUCCUGCCCCGCCCAUUGAUCUCAGGCUCCACCCCUCUAAGCCUCUUAUCUUUCUCCUUCCUUCCCUUCCACCCGAGGAGAUCCCAGCCAUCAUGUCCAUAGAGAAGAUCUGGGCCCGGGAGAUCCUGGACUCCCGCGGGAACCCCACAGUGGAGGUGGAUCUCUGUACUGCCAAAGGUCUUUUCAGGGCUGCAGUGCCCAGUGGAGCCUCUACCGGCAUCUAUGAGGCCCUGGAGCUGAGAGAUGGAGACAAACAGCGUUACUUAGGCAAAGCCAAGUUUGGGGCCAAUGCCAUCCUGGGUGUGUCUUUGGCCGUGUGUAAGGCAGGGGCAGCUGAGCGGGAACUGCCCCUGUAUCGCCACAUUGCUCAGCUGGCCGGGAACUCAGACCUCAUCCUGCCUGUGCCGGCCUUCAACGUGAUCAAUGGUGGCUCUCAUGCUGGAAACAAGCUGGCCAUGCAGGAGUUCAUGAUCCUCCCAGUGGGAGCUGAGAGCUUUCGGGAUGCCAUGCGACUGGGUGCAGAGGUCUACCAUACACUCAAGGGAGUCAUCAAGGACAAAUAUGGCAAGGAUGCCACUAAUGUGGGGGAUGAAGGUGGCUUUGCCCCCAAUAUCCUCGAGAACAGUGAAGCCUUGGAGCUGGUGAAGGAAGCCAUCGACAAGGCUGGCUAUACGGAAAAGAUCGUCAUUGGCAUGGAUGUUGCUGCCUCAGAGUUCCAUCGUGAUGGCAAAUACGACUUGGACUUCAAGUCUCCCGCUGAUCCUUCCCGAUACAUCACUGGGGACCAGCUGGGGACACUCUACCAGGACUUUGUCAGGGACUAUCCUGUGGUCUCCAUUGAGGACCCAUUUGACCAGGAUGACUGGGCUGCCUGGUCCAAGUUCACAGCCAAUGUAGGGAUCCAGAUUGUGGGUGAUGACCUGACAGUGACCAACCCAAAGCGUAUUGAGCGGGCAGUGGAAGAAAAGGCCUGCAACUGUCUGCUGCUCAAGGUCAACCAGAUCGGCUCGGUCACUGAAGCCAUCCAAGCGUGCAAGCUGGCCCAGGAGAAUGGCUGGGGGGUCAUGGUGAGUCAUCGCUCAGGAGAGACGGAGGACACAUUCAUUGCUGACCUGGUGGUGGGGCUGUGCACAGGCCAGAUCAAGACUGGUGCCCCAUGCCGUUCUGAACGUCUGGCUAAGUACAACCAGCUCAUGAGAAUUGAGGAAGAGCUGGGGGAUGAAGCUCGAUUUGCCGGACAUAACUUCCGUAAUCCCAGUGUGCUGUGAUUCCUUUGCUUGCCUGGAGACGUGGAACCUCUGUCUCAUCCUCCUGGAACCUUGCUGUCCUGAUCUGUGAUAGUUCACCCUGUGAGAUCCCCUGAGUCCCAGGGUUUCCAGAACUUCCCUGAUUGACCUGCUCCGGCUGCUCCUUGGCUUACCUGACCUCUUGCUGUCUCUGCUCACCCUCCUUUCUGGGCCCUACUCGUUGGGGUUCUGCACUUUCCACUUCUUCCUUUCUCUUUCUCUCUUCCCUCAAAAACUAGAAAUGUGAAUGAGGAUUAUUAUAAAAGGGGGUCUGUGGAAGAAUGAUCAGCGUCUGUGAUGGGAGUGUCAGGGUUGGUGUGCUGAGGUGUUAGAGAGGGACCAUGUGUCACUUGUGCUUUGCUCUUGUCCCAUGUGUUUUCCACUUUGCAUAUGAGCCAUGAACUGUGCAUAGUGCUGGGGUGGAGGGGAGUGCUGGGCGUGUGAUCAUGCCUGGCUAAUAAGGCUUUAGUGUAUUUAUUUAUUUAUUUAUUUAUUUUAUUUGCUUUUCAUUCAUCCCAUUAAUCAUUUCCCCAUAACUCAAUGGCCUAAAACUGGCCUGACUUGAGGGAACGAUGUGUCUGUAUUUCAUGUGGCUGUAGAUCCCAAGAUGACUGGGGUAGGAGGUCUUGCUAGAAUGGGAAGGGUCAUCGAAAGGGCCUUGACAUCAGUUCCUUUGUGUGUACUCACUGAAGCCUGCGUUGGUCCAGAGCGGAGGCUGUGUGCCUGGGGGAGUUUUCCUCUCUACAUCUCUCCCCAACCCUAGGUUCCCUGUUCUUCCUCCAGCUGCACCAGAGCAACCUCUCACUCCCCAUGCCACGUUCCACGGUUGCCAGCACCUCUGUGGCACUGAAAUGAGCACCACCAUUAAAGUCUGAAUCAGUG